CUAUUGGAUAAUAUCUUUUCCAAUAGUUUAAUCGCACGAAAUGUGUAAACAAUAGUUCCAUUAUUUCAAUUUUGUAAGAAAUAACACAAGACUAUAUAUAUAUUUUAUUAUUUCAAAUAUUAGAAUUUAAGACAAUGAAAAAGGUGAAAAUGCUGAAUCUUGUGACAAAGGAACAACUGAAGAAAUGUUUUCCGGAUUUACCAUUGGGGCCCUUGGAUGGAUAUCGUAGGAAAGCUUCUUUUGAUUGGCGUCUCAUGAAAAUGGUUUAUGAUAAUUUGAACACUAUUCAGUUUAAGCAUGAAAUUUAUAAAUUUAUGGAAGAGCACCCUUUGUUCAAACAUUCAGAUAUCACAGAGUCACUAGAUGAGCAAAGGCAUAUAACAGUGAAGCGGAUGUAUGCAUUUAACAAUGAGAAUUUUUUGAAAAUCGAAAAGAUCAUUGAAGAUGCAAGAUUGUUAGCAGCAGAGUCAGAAGCUUUAUUUAUGUUUGAUAGUUCCUUAGCAGUGAAACUGUCAUUGACCUUUCGUAUGUGUUCUAAUUCAAUACGAGGCUCUGGUCAGGCUCAUCACUUCAAGUUUGUUGAAGAUCUUGAGAAUGCCCGAAUCGGUGGAUGCUUUGCUUUAACUGAGGUGUCACAUGGCUCUAAUGCAAAAGGAAUGAGGACUACAGCUACUUAUGUACCAGAGACAAAGGAGUUCAAACUACAUACACCAGAUUUUGAAGCAGCUAAAUUUUGGGUUGGAUGUCUUGGGAAAUGUGCGACUCAUGCGAUAAUCUACGCGGUGCUGAUCUCCAAUGGCAAAAAUCACGGUCUGCAUACAUUCUUCGUUCCCAUCAGAGACCCGGUCACUCUCAAGCCUUAUCCAGGAGUCACAGUCGGUGACGUCGGCGAGAAGAUUGGACUUAACGGAGUUGACAAUGGUUUCGUAAUGUUUGACAACUAUCACGUGAGUAAAGAGGCGGCGUUGGACAAGUUGGGAGGCGUGGACGACGAUGGGAACUACACCACACCGUUCAAGGACCCCAAUAAGAGAUUUGGCGCUUCCAUGGGCAUAUUGUCAGGUGGUAGAGUACACAUCACUACUAUCUCCACCGCUUAUCUGCAGAAGGCUAUCGUGAUAGCCAUUAGGUAUUCUGCUGUGAGGAAGCAGUUCGGUCCUGAAGACAGUGAUGAGGAAUUGCCGGUUUUAGAAUACCAGCAGCAGCAAAUUAGAUUGUUACCAUAUCUGGCUGCGACGUUCGCAAUGAGGAUUUUCUGCAACUGGUUCAGCGAAACUCACGCUUCAAUGGUCAUCAACAGUUACACGGGCGUGGACGACAACGCGGCCGCGCGCGGCGUGGAGAUGCACGCGCUGUCGUCGAGCGCGAAGCCGCUGUGCGGGUGGACGGCGCGCGACGCCAUCCAGCACUGCCGCGAGGCGUGCGGCGGCCACGGGUACCUCAAGGCUGCUGGCAUAGGAGAUCUACGUAAUGACAACGACGCGAAUUGCACUUACGAAGGCGAGAACAGUCUCCUCCUGCAGCAGACCAGCAAGUGGUUGCUGAACGUGUGGACCAGGAGACAUAAGCUUACGGCCGCAGACACGCCGCUAGGGUCACUCACCUUCCUGCAGAAUGCUGAUGUACUCCUCACUGAGAAGUGCACAUGGAAUACUAUGCAGGAAAUGGUUGAUCCGGCAAAUCUAGUUCAUGCUUACAAAUGGCUGACAACAUUCGUAUUGAAGACUACUUAUGAUAAAUACAACGCGCUGAAGAAUGCGGGCAAAGGCGACUUCCACGCCAAGAACGACUCGCAGUCUUACAACGCUGUCACAUUGUCUAUCGUCUAUGGAGAGAACUAUAUAUUGAACCACUUCUACAAAUCAGCAUUGGAAUUCGAAGAUCCUCAAUGCAGGAGUGUGCUGUUGAAGCUGGUCUCUCUGUACGGUUCUUUCCUUCUGGAGAAACAUCUCGCCACACUUUACAUUGGCGGUUUCUUCAGCGGGUCCCAGGGUCAGACGUUACGUGAGGGCAUCUUGCUGAUGUGCUCCGAAGUGAAGCCUGAAGCUGUCGCGUUGGCGGACACGCUCGCGCCACCGGACUGGUGCAUCCGGUCCGUGCUGGGGCAAUCCGACGGACAGGCAUACAAACACAUCCAGAACAGUGUAAUGAGUUACCCGGGCGCCCUCUCGCGGCCCUCGUGGUGGCGCGACGUGGUACACUGGCGGUCGUACGUCACCGCCAAACUGUAGGACCAUCACACGCGCACGUACCCUACACGUCAUACAAUAAUAUUAAGACCCGCAUAUUACUAAUAUUAUUAUAUUAUCGAUAUAUAUCUGAUAUUUAAUCCUGACACUUGAAAUUAUAAUUAUUUGACAUACAGAUCUAUAUUAUACAUAUUGACAUUGUAAAUUCAAUAAUAGUUAAAUAACAAGACUAUAUAAAUUUGCAUGCUUAGUAAUAGGUGAAACAUGAUGUACAUAUUAAAAACUAACCCUGUUAUCUUAUUAACCAUGUUUAUGGCCACAUG